AUGACCGGUAACUCUUCAAGCACAAUAUUACCUGUGCUACAUACUUCACUUGUCAAGAAAAGAGCUUCCAUGCUAGUAAGCAGCAGCAGCAGCUCCUACUUGCCGUCACCUGUCAUCAAAACCACUAUCUCAAAACUUAUUGACCGAGUUCUUAGUUUACUGGAAAUGAUGUCUGAUGAGGCUUUCUGGAAUAAUUUAUUUGGCGAGCGAGUGUUGAACCUUUUGAAGCGAUAUUUCGGCAGCGAUGUUGUCUUUUUAGGUUUUAUUGUUUAUCUCGCUCCUAUUCUGGGCUAUCGAUUACAUGACUGGUUUUAUUAUUGUUUGGCUAAAUUCAAAGAGAGAAUGUAUGUUUCUAUUCAGAUCAGCAAAAAUGAAUCAGGUUAUGAAGCCAUACAACAAUUCGUUGCCAGUAAAACUUCGCAUAUUCGACACCUGCGUGAUGUUGAAGGCCGGUGUAUAAAUGAUGAUAACGAUGAUGGUGAUAUGUUAAGUCCCACUCCUCCACCCAAAAUUCGACUUUAUCCAUUGGAUGAAAUCGAGCAUAAAAUCGUUUAUAAAAAUCACACACUUUGGGUGACAAAAAAGAAAAAUGGUGGUGUCACCAACUCUGCUUCUGAACAUUAUUACAGCAACAACAUCAAAGAAUUGCUCGGUAUGAUGAACAAUAACCCCGUCAUUCAAAUUACUAUGCGCGGUCAAGACCUUACCUUACUGCAAUCCUUCAUUCAAGAAUGGAUUGACCACCAUUAUGAAAAGGAGUUUGGUAAAUUGACCAUCUAUCAAUGUCUGCCUACACGAUAUGAAGGUUUUGAAUGGCGUACGAUCGGUUCAAAAGAAUUGCGUAGUUUACAUUCAGUGAUUCUGAAGGAAGGACAGAAGGAGCGUAUUUUGAAAGACAUUAUGACUUUCCGUAAGCGGGAACAUUGGUACGCUAUCCGUGGUAUUCCUUAUCGCCGUGGAUAUUUACUAUACGGACCACCGGGUACCGGUAAAACAUCGCUGGUGCAAUCCGUGGCUAGUAAGAUCAAUAUGAAUGUGGCAAUCAUCAGUUUGUCAGGAAAUAUGGAUGAUGAAAACUUUAAUGUAUUGUUACAAGAAGUACCAAGAAAUAGUAUCUUGGUGAUGGAAGAUAUUGAUCAUUGUGUGAUCAAGGCACCUUCUUAUUCGAGCGACAAUACGAGAAAUGGUACGAACACUGAGAAUGGUAACAGCACAGCUAAGAUCACUAUGAGUGGAUUAUUGAACGCGUUGGACGGUGUAGCUGCUCAGGAGGGAUCUAUGGUAUUCAUGACAUGUAAUGAUAUUAAUCGUAUUCAACCUGCUUUGCUACGCCCUGGCCGAAUCGAUAUGAAAAUGGAACUGGGAUAUGCAGAUAAAAGUCAGAUCGAACAAAUGUUUUGGAGAUUUAUGGGCGAAGAUGAUGAUCUCUUAAAAUUAGGAGAGUCUGUAGUUGAAGAUACGGUCGAGGAGCCAAAUAAGAAGAAGCAAAAGAAGAGAAAUAAAAAGGAAAAUAGUAGGCUAAACGAAUUAGCUAAGAAGUUCACGGCAAGAAUCCCUAAUUUAUACGUGACACCAGCAGAAUUACAAAACUUUUUCAUCAUGAAUAUUAUGGAUAAUGAACAGUUUGCUAUUGUUGACGAAGGUAUAGCAAACAAAGAGGAAGUUGGUGAAAAUGAAAAAGUUGACUAUAGCUAUUUGUUGGAUGCUAUACCAGCAUUUCUUGAAAGUGUGAAACGGGAUCGCGAACAAGCCAUUGAACAUAGAAGAGGUGGCAGCAGUAGUAAAAACACCCCCUUAGAUUCAGUUGGCUUAGCGAUCGAUCCUUCCACUACAGACGAUGUCCAAUAA